UUUGCUGUGGUCUCGUCGUGCGUCUGCGGCAGUCAACGAACCGGGACGGGAUCUUUCCUACAUUAUACAACUUUUACAUAUUUUUUUGAAACUGGUAAUUAACACCGCAUAUUUUGUUUACACAAUAUCUCUAGUUGUUACAUUGUAGUGUUAAUACUCCGACUAAGGAGAAAAUCAAAAGCCGUCGAUUAGCUCGCGUUAGCUAAAGCUAACAUUAAGGUUGCGAGAAAUUGGUGGUUUAGGUAGGCCUCUGCUAUGUAACGUUAGCAUAAGCUAAAAUAACCCUAAACUAAAUGAGAACAAUAUAUUAAGUAUUAGUCAGGUUGGCAAUCAAAUCCAGAGUCACGCUAUUGUUUGUGUAGCUAACAUUAUUUGGUCUAUUUAUCUGUCUAACGUUAUCUAAUAUUCGCCGAUCUCCAUUCAGUAGCGGUAGUGUCUUUCCAACACUGCGGGGAAUCGCUCGUGCUAACUUUGGGCUACUUGUUAUUAUUCAACAGACUCCAUACCACCACGGAGAUACCCUACCAGCACUGCGCUCAAGAGGUAGACAACUUCUCAGCCACCUCAGAGAACCAGCUGCUGGGUUAAAGGUCGUAACCUAAUCACCUCCGCCACUCAAGACGCAGACCGGCAUUACUAUGACCAACCAUGGAGACGACUGCUACUUCUUUUACUAUUCCACCUGCACUAAAGGAGACAGCUGCCCAUUCAGACACUGUGAGGCAGCGAUGGGAAGUGAGAUCAUCUGCAACCUCUGGCAGGAGGGACGCUGCUUCCGCACCGUCUGCAAGUUUCGCCACAUGGAGAUGACGAAAAACCGAAAGGAGGAAUGUUGUUAUUGGGAGAACCAGCCAGCCGGCUGCCAGAAGCCUCACUGUGCCUUCUUCCACGAAAGGCCCCGCUGCAUCGAUGGCAUGUUUGUCCCCCCUGAUAGAAGUCUAAGCAAAAUGGAGGAACAGCCACACGAGGAACCAGCCCCCCCGCCCGCUGCCCCCCUCCCCACUGCAGCCAAUCCACAGCUCAGAGGUGUCAUCAAGACAGAAACUCAGGAGCCAGUACCGAGCCCCACCCACCCACCAGUGGUGAUUAAUCCAGCAGACGAUGACGAGGAUGAAGAUGACCAGUUCUCAGAGGAGGGAGAAGACGGAAAGGUUGGCCCUUCUCCUAGGAAACUACCCAAAUCAGACUCACUGAGCUUUGGAGUGAGCACCCUGGAGGAGAUUCGGCUGAGGAAGGCCCUAAAGGCCAGCAUGAAGAGAGCUGGUUACCCCAUCCAGAGUCCUGAUACCUCGGCCAAUGGAGAGAAAGAAAACAUCCAGUCUUUGUUUGGACCAACCUUCUACGAGGCGGGAGACGGCCCACUCAUCUUUGAAGAAACUGGGAGAACAAGAGGCGGUUUGGCUGAAAGACUUGGAAGGAAGAUGCCCAACAACGAUGUGAAGUUUGGAGAAGGAGUCCCACUAAGAAGGGGUCUGGCUGGACGUCUGGGCAGUGUGGUGGAUGAGGAAGAGCCAUUCCUGCCCCCUCAGAAAGCUCUGAAGCCUGUUAAGGACAGACUUGGAUUGGCUGUGUCUGUUGCUCCCACUCAACCAGCUGAGACUGUCAGGGAGCCAAAGAGGAGAGCUCCUGAGCAGAUUCGCAUCAAAACACUGGAGGAGAUCAGACAGGAGAAGACUGCAAAGUCUCAGUCCCAGAGCCAAAAAGAAAACCCUUCUGCCAUGGCUCCAGAAAUCAACAGAACCAAAACUACCAAGGGGGUCAAGCGAGCCGUCACCAUCAGAGACGACUCCGUUAGCCAUGUUAAGACCUUCUCUGAGGUCUUUCGUGCCAAGAAGAAAAGACAGGAGGAACAGGAUCCCGACCCUAAGAAGAGCCAGGGGGAGUCUAACACAGCGGGUCCUGAUCCCGAGGCUACAAACGUGGGGCAGGUUAGAGUAAAGACUCUGGAGGAGAUCCGCAGGGAGAAGGCAGGGAAGAUCCAGGUUCGGCAGACCCUGGAGGCUGAAAUCAAGAAGAGCUCAGAUACUGAGGAGAACGAUGCUAAGAAGCCUCGCCUGCUGCGCAUCAAGAAACUGAAUUCCCAAACAGGCAACGUCACAACAGAGAAGAGUGCUGAAGUGACAGAGAAUUCAGUGAAGACUCCUGCUGCUCCUGAGACCAGUGCUGCCACCAGUAACAACGUCAAGGUCAAGAGCUUUGAGGAGAUCAUGUGGGAGAAACGUCUCCGCAAGCAGGAAAUGGAGGAGCAGGCCAGAGACUCGGCAGAAGCAGAGUCUUCUCAGAAACACACCGAUGAAGGAACCCUGAAGAGGAAGGUUCCUGCCAGAGUCAGUCUGAUGAGCUCAGGCUCCUCAUCACCUUCCUCCACCACUGUGGCCCUUGACUCUACCCUCUCCACCCAAAAGCUCCCUGUUGGUAAACCGAUCCCCCUCAGAUCCAAGGCUGCUUCCCCUCUGAACAGCAAUCCUGGUGCUAGAGGGGCUGCCGUCAAAGCUGCCCCCUCAGCCCCUGUGAAGCAGAGCUCUUCUCCACUGGAGACCGAGUCCGACUCACAGAGCCCCAGCCGCUCCAGGGAGGUCCCAGACAAAAACACAAUUAAUUCUACUGCACCGUCACCAGCCAUGCAGAUCAAUAAUCAGAAGACAUCCCCAGAACACACUGCAGACACCAAAGUGAGGCCCAAGCUGAACGUGAGGCCGUCUGUGGUGAAGCCUGCAGUGCAGCUGAAGCCGGGUCAGAAGAGGAGGGGAGCAGAGCGGUCUGCUGUCGCUGCUGUCAAACCUCUGAACAGCACCUCCACAGUACUGGAGGAGCCAGCGUGCAGAGACAGACAGGAGUUCCCGUCCUCUAAUGCAGAGGCUCAGCUGAGUUCUACUGUUCCCCGAAGUCCCGGCACCCUGUUGGACUCCGGCUCCAGCCCGCUGAGAGAGGACCUCCAGACUGUCCCCGUCUUCAAACAGAGUCUGAGCCAAGACACCAAGCAGACUGUAAUAGUUGCUGCUGCCAGCAAGGCCUGUACAGUCCCCCAAAGCCCGGUCCUGAAAACCCCCACCCAGCCGAAGUCCCGCAGACUGAGUGUAGCCGCCUCCCGCACCGUCUCCACCUCCAGUGCUGCUGCCUCCACCUCGGCCAUGGACGACUUUGAGGAGCUUAUCAAUGAGUUCACCGAGGACCACCUUGAGGAAGACGUGGACCCUGGCAUCGGAGAGGACGACCUGCUGCAGGAACUGUCCGAGAUGAUUGACAGCUGAGGGUCCCAUCUACUCCCCGCCCACAACCAUGUCUUGUUCACAUAAGUGAAGACCAUCACCCACUGUGCAGCGUUUGAGAAAGAAAAAAAAAAAGAAAACUUUCCUAAAGGUUCAAUUUAUUUUAAGCUUUCGGUUUAUAUUUAUAUUACUUUACCUUUUAGACAUAUUCUCUCCUUUUUUAUUUCCUGCCCAUGUGAUCAUCUGCUCACCCUGACAGUUAUUCUGCAGGGCUAAGAUUAUUAUUUGAUCAUGUCUGUUCAUGAUCAUUUUCAAACUUUUCAGGUCUUGAAAAGAGAAAGUGGUAAACGAGCUUUGGUGCUGGGAGGUUAAGAGCGUCAUCACUUUAGCAGGAGUUCUUGAAGAUGUUAAAUCUUGCUGAAUGUUUCGUUUUGUCUGUAUACUGUGUAUGCAAAGGGAAGAGCAAGCUGAGAACGGAAAUAAUGAAUCCUGCUGUGCCCCCCACUACUAGUGUUUUUGUUUUUUAUAUCUGUGAUGGGUUAACAGAUUCCCAGAUUAUGACCGUUAAACUUAUCACUUUUAAUUUAAUGAUGACUCGGUCAGCAAAGAUGUGGUCAGCCUGAGAGGAUGAUCGGCCAUGUUCUGUUCAUCAGGUGUAUGGGGCGAUCUCAUGGAGAGCACCUUCUGCCAGUGGCUGUUCUUUACUGUUUUUAUAAUGUUUGACUGAAAUGUAAAUGUUUAUUUAAUCUUUUUAACCAGUUCUUUUAUUCAGUGGGUAUCCUUUGAACUAGUCUGGGCUAAAUGUGUGCGUGCUCUCUGGGCUUUGUUGUUGAACACCUCAGGUACAGUUUUAUGUUUGUAUGUUCCUAACACUGUUUGAACUCAACGCUGUCUUUGGUUCUCUUCUCUUUUGUGUUAGCAUUGCUUUAUGAAUGUGAUCUGAGAAAAGAUCAACUCAUUUUUUGGACUGAAUACGUGUUGGCUCUGCCCUGACCUUUUCUCUCAAAGUCACUUGUACAUAUUACUGUGUAAUAAAAAGUGCUUUUAAUAACCA